AUGAACGAAGUUACAAAUAAUAAUAUGGAAACUUUAAGGGAAGGAUCUGCGGCGAAAGACAAACGAAACGAAACAGACGUUACAUUAGAAGAUAAAACUUUAGUUGAGCCACCUAGUGCUUUGUACACAUUGAUGGUCGAGGAACCUGCACAAUCGGAUGACAGUUCAAGUUACAGUAUGACGUUGAGCGAGUUUGAAGAAGACAGAUGGUAUAAUCCGACAUCGUUUUCUGAUGACGCAGCUGAAAUAGAAAGCAUCCAGAGAUUGAUUAAAUAUAUACGAGUAGGAAAUCAAACGGCUACAGCAAUUGCAUUGGCUGCGUUGGUGGACUACAAUCUACGGGACGAGUCCACGCAAAGUAUCGUGAUUAAUACCGGUGGUACAGAGCUUUUGAUCAAUUUAUUAGAAACCGACCACAACGAAUGCAGACACGGUGCACUUGCAGUAUUAAAUGAAAUGUCAUAUAUGUUGGGUACUAGAAGAAAUCUGACAAAUUUGGGUGCCAUUCCAAUUUUAGUCAAGUUAUUGUCUGACCGAUCAGUAGACUUACAAAUUCUCUCAGCCGAGACUUUAGCUAACGUAGCAAAAAUAAAAAAAGGCCGAAAGUUCAUACGCAAAGCUGGUGGUAUUAAGUUAAUGGUCGACUACAUGGAUGUACCGCAUCAAGUCUUAAAAACCGAAAGUGAAAUGUUACCAUUAGUUCAACAAAAGUUAUUUAGUCUGUUGUGCAAUUGUUCAAAAGCAUUGUGGUCGAUGUCUAAAUCGGAUAAAAAUAAAGAUGUGAUGCGACGAUCUGGAAUCAUACCGGUAAUGGCAAAGCUAUUGACCUCGGUGCAUGAGGAUGUUGUCAGUUCUAUUAUGGGAAUUAUCGUUAAUUGUGCAACACAGCCAGUGUUUCGUACUGCGAUCAAAGAGCAAGGCAUGUUGGUCGAUAUAUUAAAACUGUUGAAGAGUUCCGACAUCGAAAUGAUGAACAACGCUGCUACCGUAACGUUCAAUUGUGCCGAGGACCCCGAGAGCCGGAAACUGAUCAAAGAGCAAGGGGGACUAAACUCGUUGGUGAACAUUGUCAAAGUGGAAUCGCACAAGUGUGAAACGAAAUUAAUAGAAGCCGCUACGGGUGCGAUAUGGAAAUGUUUAAUGAACCCGGACAACGUGAAACGUCUGGAAGACAUAAACGGUAUACACGUUUUAGUAAGACUAUUGGAUUCCGACAGUGAGGACGUAAUCGCCAACACCGUAGCGUCUUUGGCGGAAUGCACGAAAAUAGGACGCAACAAGAUCGCUCUGAGGGCGGCCGAUGGUUUGGUACCCAUAAUAAAGCUAUUGCAAGACACCGGCCAUGAGAGGAUUCUCGUAAACGUGUGUCGUGUGAUCGACAAUUGUGCGUCUGAUCCACUGUGCAUGGAACAAGUGGUUAGCAAUGAUGGAAUACGUUUAGUAUGGUCCAUGAUGAAAUUUGAUUCCACUCUCGUUCAAUCUACGGCGGGACAUACGUUGGUAACGUUGCUUAAAAAUACAAAAGAGUCUAGUGACAUUAUGCGUUCUCUAGUUACCGGGUUGGUAAUGUUGGUUGAUUUAUUAAAAUCACACGACACGAGGGUAUUAGCAGCCGCUUGCGCAGUCAUCGGAAUUUUGGCCAAAGAACCCGAAAACUUGGCAAUUCUCACUGAUUACGAUAUCGUACAGCGGUUAUCUAGUUUGGUGCAUACGAGCAAUUCGGACCUCCAAGCCCAUUUGUCUCGUGCCAUCGGUUCUUGCUGUUUAUUAGAACGCAACUGUCACACGUUCGGUCGACUUGAUGUAGUACUGCCCAUUUCCAAAUACAUACAUUCCAAUUCUGAUCUGGUCAAACAGAACGUUACGUUUGCUCUACACGGUCUGUCCGGAGACGCGACAAAUUGUGUGGCCAUGGAAUCUUGUGGUGUCGUUCCCGUACGAUGA